CGAGAGCUGCCGCGGCCGCAGCAGCUGCCGGAGCGACCCGCGGGACGAUGCCCGCCGCGGCGCCUCCCCCGCUGCACCCCCCAGCGGGGCCCGCGGGCUCCUGCUGCCCCUGCGCCCACCACCCGGGACACCGAGGCUUGUUUGACCACACUUUAAACAGCAUAAGCUCAAGGAUAACACAAAGGAGACUACAAGGGACUUGUCCACCCAUCGGUCGUGGAAAUUUUGGAAAACCUUUCUUUGGUGCAAACAGUUAUAGUUCCCCAUUUUUAAACCCCCGGAAUGGUUUUCACACUAUCCAUUCAGAGAAUAGCCCUGUAAAGCCGAGGAUUGUUACAGUGGUGAAACCAAGUGGACACACACUCAGGAAGAUCACAUUGCUUCUGAACAGGCGAUCUGUCCAGACUUUUGAACAGCUGAUGGCUGAUAUUUCAGAAGCUCUGGGAUUUCCACGUUGGAAAAACGAUCGUGUGAGAAAACUUUACAACCUGAAAGGCAGAGAAAUAAGAAGUGUUUCUGAUUUCUUCAGAGACGGUGAUGCAUUCAUUGCUAUGGGAAGGGAGCAGCUGACUUUGAAGAACCUUGAAGUGGUAAUGCAAGAACUUUAUCCCAGUAGCCCAUAUGCUCUUGGUAUAAUUCAACAAAACUUGGAACAGUCCCAAAAACUUAAGAGCAGGCUGUGUGACAAAGCUGUGGAUAGUGGCUUUGAGACAGAGAUUGCCAAGAAUGGCAAUGAUGCCAUAUCUUCCCAACUAGUAGCCAGGCAUGAAGGAGAAAUUCAACCUAAGACCAGGCAAGAAGAAAAGGUGAGGGCCAAAAAAAAAUGGGGCAGAGAGAGUUGGGGCAGAGAGCAAGAUGUGAAGCCAUCUAGACAAGCCAGAGAAGGAGAAAGGUACUUUAAUCAAGAGAAAAGUCUUGAGAAUGAAACAGAAAAGAGUUCAGAUGAGAUAAUGAGAUGUGAGAAGUGUCAAAGAGAGAGACAGCUCAGGCAAAAACUACAAAGGGAAAGGCAGGCUGAUGUUUCAUUUGAGAGCAGAGACCUGAAUGUGGGAAUGUGUCAGAGAUAUAAUUUAGAAAGGAAUGUAAAAAUAAGGAAUUGUAGGAAGUCUUCAGAAAACUCCUUAGAAGGUGAGGAAGUUGAACGGAAGGAUACUGGCUGUAGAAAAAGCUGGAAACCCUUACAAAGGAGUGUUAAUGAAGAGCUAGAAAACCAAAAAAGGAGUUUGGAGAAGGAAAGGAAUCCAGAAAGGCAUGAGAAUCAUGACAAAGAGUUAGUAAAGAUUAAGAAAAAUACUAUGGAAGCUCUGCAGGUGGCUCCUGAAGCAAAGAAAGAGAAUAGAAGCAGUUCCAGAAGUAAUCAAAGUUGUUGGUUAAUGAAGGACUGUCAAGGAGAUGCAGGGAAGCCUAUAAAAGCAAAGGGAGAGGGCAAAGAGGUGCGGAAGGCAAAAGAGGAAGGUGCUGGAGGGGAAGAGAAUGUAGUGCAUGGAGAGAAUGAAUUGACAAGGAUGAAAAAGAUGGGAGUACAUAAAGCUAACAAAGAUGAAAAAAAGCCACAAGAAUUUGAAAGCACGAGGCUGAGGCGAAAUGUCCAUACUAGAGCUGAUGUGGAGAGCUAUUAUGAGAUAGGCAGAACCAUUGGGGAUGGGAACUUUGCUAUUGUGAAAGAGUGCCGGUGCUGCAACACCAAUGAGAACUAUGCCAUGAAAAUUGUUGAUAAGUCCAAGCUGAAGGGGAAGGAGGACAUGAUGGAAAAUGAGAUUUUGAUCAUUAAGAGCCUUUCUCAUCCCAACAUAGUGAGCUUGAUUGAGGUGUAUGAAACUGAGGCUGAGAUCUACCUAAUCCUGGAGUAUGUCCCAGGAGGGGACCUAUUUGAUGCAAUCAUAGAGAGCAUAAAGUUCACUGAGCACGAUGCUGCUCUCAUGAUAACUGAUCUGUGUGAGGCUCUAGUUUAUAUUCAUGGCAAGAACAUUGUCCACAGAGAUCUGAAACCAGAAAAUCUUCUGGUUCAGCAUAAUGCAGAUAAAUCUACUACGUUGAAACUAGCAGAUUUUGGCCUUGCAAAGAAGGUUACAAAACCCAUAUUUACUGUGUGUGGAACACCAACAUAUGUUGCCCCUGAAAUACUUGCUGAAAAGGGCUAUGGACUGGAAGUAGAUAUGUGGGCUACUGGUGUGAUACUCUAUAUUCUGCUGUGUGGCUUCCCUCCUUUCCGAAGUCAGGAGCGAGAUCAGGAAGAACUGUUUCAAAUCAUACAGCUGGGUCAUUAUGAAUUCCUUUCACCGUAUUGGGACAGUAUUUCGGGUGCAGCGAAAGAUCUGAUAACCAGGCUAUUGGUGAUAGAUCCUUUAAAGCGUUACACGGCUCAACAAGUUCUUCAGCAUCCCUGGAUCAGAACAGCUGGAAAAACCAACAGCAGAAACCUGCAGAGGGAAGUGACAAUAAAUAUCGAGCGCCACUUUCGGAGCCAGCGCAGGAAGGGAGUUGUAGAUGACAAUACAUGAAACCCUUUCUUGUUAAUUUAGUCCUCUUUGUUUUUUCCUUUCCUAAAUGAAUUGGGCCCAUAGCUUGUUGUUAUUGUUACUUGACCUUUUUUAGAUUUUGAGAAUCUGGGGAAGUACUGGAUUUCCAGGGCCUGGUCCAGCUCCCACUGAAGUGACUGAGUCUUUCCACUGACUUCAGUGGGCACUGGAUAGGUCUACAGGUGUCCUUUUUUUAAAACACUGAACUGGGCCUUUAUGUUACAAACUGUUUCUCUUUUAUAGAUUAAAAGUAUUUGCUUUUGCAGUUAACAUCAGUAAUGAUUACAGAGUGUUUUCUGUACUCAUUUUGUAUGGAAGCUGCCAAAAGUUUUGUGUUUAUGGCACCUUGUUAUGGUAAUAUGUAUGUGUAUGUACACACCCUGCACUUAACUUCUAGACUGAGCCUUUAUACCAGUUACUGCUAGUGACACAAAUGAUAAGUAAACAAAAUAUAAAGGAAUAUAUCCUUUCGCUAUAGGUUACAUUAAGUAUGAUGCAAGCUACUUGUAUUCAGUAUAAAUAGUGGUGAGUUGAUCCAGGUAGAGAAAAAUUUGAACCCCUCUUCUUUCAGCAGUGGGGUGCUAUAUUAUGAGGUCAACUCAAACCUCUGUGAUUUGUCUUAUCAUGUGAACACCUAAGUAUGUAUGAGGGAAUAAAAAUCCUUGCAGUCUUACAAAAUUAGUUACCCAAUUAGCUAUUUUAUUGUAUUAGGUAUUAGGAAACAUCCUUCCUUGGUCAUUCUCAGAGACAGAGAAGUAGAGUGGACCAUUGGUCUGUUAUGGUAUGCAAUUCCUAUGUUUCUACAUUGGCUCUUGAGAGAGAGGAAGGAUGUCAUGGCUGGUAAUUUUUCAUGGCAGCUUUGCAAGACUGUGGUAACAUUUUGCUAUGUGCUGCUGAGGAGUCUCUUUUUUCCUUCUCUGGGAACAAAAAGUCCAGGAACAUGAGCAAUUUCUGUGGGAACUCUGGCUCUCUUUUAUGAGGUGGAGUGUGGAGAACAGUUACUCAGUAUUUUUUCAAGAUCAGAUUUCUCCUCUCAGAUCCACGCUGGUGGAUUCCAGUUUUCUUAUGUGCUUAAAGAGGGGAAAAAGUUGUGGGACUCUUUUAAACUCUCCUUAGCCCCUUCCCUGAUCAUUUCCCUCCUCUCAACGUGGUGGCUGCUUAAUUGUCUUUUGACUCUUCUGGUGUCUGUUGCUGCCCUCCUUCCUCUUGCCACCUUCCCCUGGUGGCUUAUGCCCCCCUUCCUUGGUGUUUUACUCGGCUAGUCUAUAAGUAUGAAUAAUGGGAUGAAAUUAAAUAAAAACUAAACUCAGGAAAAUAGUUGCUAUUAUUCUAUGGGAACGUCUCCCCAGGGAAGUGGAAAAAUCUUCAUUUCAUGAGUUAUUUAAAACUGGACUGGACAAAGUGGAAAAAAAAAAUUCUGUCAGGAAAAAUCUGGUCCAGGGAAUGAGUCUGACCUAAUAUAUCUCUUGUAUUCCUGAGUUAUUUGUUAUCCAACCAAAAUCAACAAGCACAUUUGUUGUCUGUUUCUGGUAAAAUUGUCCAACAGCUCACAGUUAACAAUAUUGACAUUUAAAAUGUUUAUUAAUAUUAGCUUUGAGUUAAUAGCUCAUUGAGAUGAAGGGGGCACACCCUCAGAGCUAUUGUUUCAGUAUUUUUGUCUGUAGAUACAGUAAAACAAUGUUGUAUUGUUUAUUAAUCAGAAGGAUAUUUUAGUAACCAUAAGGACUAGAAUAUUUUUUUAAGCUGAAAGUUUAAACUGAUGGGACUGCCAGGAAAAUGAAAGGUGUUGCAUCACGUGUCCAUUCUAACAAAGCAUUCUGCAGCAAGAUGUCAGAGUUGAGAUCUGGUAAGUGGCCAGAGAGAAGAAUUGCACCUUCAGUACUUACGAUCAAGUUGAACUGGCUUAUGUUUAAUACUUACUGAAUUAAAGGUUUCUGUGGAAUUCAACUACUAAUCAGAACUCUCAGACCUUUAAACUAUGCCAGUAAUUAUAUUUAAUUGAUAUGCUGUACAUUUGUGUCUAGGCUCUGAUUAAGGAAAGCAUCUCUUUUUGGGAAAGAAGUAAAGCAUGGGCUCAAGUGCUUUCCUGAACACGGAUGGAUUUAAGCAUGUGUGUAAGUGCCUUCCUGAGUCAGGCCCAUAAAGAGCCCCGGUAUUCCGGAGGCCUUGUGUGGUAAUUGUGUGUAAGUAAUAAUUUUCCCUCUGUAAACUUAUUAAUUCUUUGACAGGAAGCUAUUGGAAAACACAACUUUUAACUUGCAAUAUCAAAUAUUGCAAUUCUCUUAAUUUACUUGAUAUUUUAAUAUAAGAAUAAGCUUGAAGUGACAUUUUUAGGUGCAGUGAAUCUACCAGUCUGGAUUUCAGACUACCGGGUUGUCUGAUCACCUUUAAGAAAUUGUGUGUAACAGCUUUAUGGUACUGAAGAGGCAGGACGCACUAGUGAUUAAAAGAGAUUCUUAUUUCUGCUGCUACAAGGACAGGUUCUUGUCAUUUUCUCUGGCUCUCUAGAUACCAGACUGACUAAACACAGCCUGUACUGCCUAAUGUCAUUGCAAGGUCUCCUUCAGUCCUGGCUCUGGACUAUGCAGUUAUGGAAGGGAAUGCUAAUACACAACACUAUGAAGGAAGCACUGAAGAGUUUUACCGUUGGUGUUGCACAGGACAAAAGGAGACGCUCGGCCAUGGAUUCCAAUCGUCUGCCUCAAUUGAGAUGUUUAGGAAGCAUUUUGGUGCUCCUCGGGGAUUUCACCUUGUCCUUUCCCUUCCCUUUUAGCUAUUCUCUUGUUUUCUUUUCUUUUCUUUUCUUUUCUUUUCUUCCCCUGCUUCCAGGGCCCAGUCUCUGCAGCUCUACACUCCCCAGUUCUGUGGAUUCAGAGGCCUAGAGUGGUCUAAUCCAAGAGCUUGAAGCAAUGACUCUGCAGGGGGCCAGAGUGUUUCGCUUGCCCAGUACCACCAAGGAUCCCCUGCUCAUGCUGACAUUUAACAAGUGGAGGAGGAUUCAGCUAGCAAAGAAAGCUAGCAAAGGCAGGCAAUCUGUGAAAGCCCCUCAGUCUUGAGGGCUUGCAACCCUCCCCCCAUCUAAUACUAUCUCUUCUCAAGCAUUCCCCUUCCUAUUCCAAGACCUUCCAAUCCAGACCCAGUCUUUAUGGUGCAUAGAACCCAAAUGUUCUUCUAUAUGGAUAUGUUCAUUGGAGGGAGCUUUCCCCCACUUGCAUGUCUUUUUUUUUUUUUUUUUACCUUUCCCUCCCACCAUUCAGCAAUCUCCUCUGAUCACCCCUUGUCAAGGUUCCUCCCCCACUCUGAACUCUAGGGUACAGAUGUGGGGACCUGCAUGAAAAACCUCCUAAGCUUAUCUUUACCAGCUUAGGUCAAAACUUCCCCAAGGUACAAAAUAUUCCCCCCCGUUGUCCUUGGACUGGCCGCUACCACCACCAAACUAAUACUGGUUACUGGGGAAGAGCUGUUUGGAUGCGUCCUUCCCCCCAAAAUACUUCCCAAAACCUUGCACCCCACUUCCUGGACAAGGUUUGGUAAAAAGCCUCACCAAUUUGCCUAGGUGACUACAGACCCAGACCCUUGGAUCUUAAGAACAAUGAACAAUCCUCCCAACACUUGCACCCCCCCUUUCCUGGGAAAUGUUGGAUAAAAAGCCUCACCAAUCUGCAUAGGUGACCACAGACCCAAACCCUUGGAUCUGAGAACAAUGAAAAAGCAUUCAGUUUUUUACAAGAAGACUUUUAAUAAAAAAUAGAAGUAAAUAGAAAUAAAGAAAUCCCCCCUGUAAAAUCAGGAUGGUAGAUAUCUUACAGGGUAAUUAGUUUCAAAAACAUAGAGAACCCCUCUAGGCAAAACCUUAAGUUACAAAAAAGAUACACAGACAGAAAUAGUUAUUCUAUUCAGCACAAUGCUUUUCUCAGCCAUUUAAAGAAAUCAUAAUCUAACACAUACCUAGCUAGAUUACUUACUAAAAGUUCUAAGACUCCAUUCCUGGUCUAUCCCUGGCCAAGACCCAGCAACAGACAGACACAGACCCUUUGUUUCUCUCCCUCCUCCCAGCUUUUGAAAGUAUCUUGUCUCCUCAUUGGUCAUUUUGGUCAGGUGCCAGCGAGGUUACCUUUAGCUUCUUAACCCUUUACAGGUGAGAGGAGCUUUCCCCUGGCCAGGAGGGAUUUCAAAGGGGUUUACCCUUCCCUUUAUAUUUAUGACACCCCUUCUCGCUCCUUUGGUUCCCUGAGAUUGAGUCACCUUUCCCUUAGAUUUGGCCCAUUGUGAGCCAGUUUCUUUGCCUCAGCAAAGCAAAGCAAAAAAACCUAAACCAACCAAACAAAAAACAAGCAAACCCCAAACCACACUGGAAAAUAGCCAAAAGCAAUAGAAGACUAAAGCCCGCAUUGAGAUCUCGUUCUCACUUUUCCUCUUCAUCCUUCUGAGAGAGUGAAAUUUCUCUUUCCUCCUUGUCUUCCUCUGCUCAUACUGCCAGACUAUUCUAUUAGAAUAAAUAUUAAAAUUAAUUACCAGUGUCCUUAUGAUUCUGAAUACUGAACAGGAAAAAUCCAGGAAAGACCCUUUUAAAAAGAAAAGUUAAGGAUGAAAUAGGAUUCUGUAUUCCAGAUGCUGUGGAAAUCAAUGGCAUCUCCCUAAAAAGGGGUGAGGGUGGGGAAGAAUUCUAGUAAUGGGGUUUGCUAGAUACUUUUAUCAAAUUCAGGAGGGUGACAAGCAAAAGUAUGUUUCUUUCCUUUAAGCUGAUGUGGUUAAUAUUGCAUUUUUCUCACCUCAUAUGCUAUAAUGUUGAAGGCUAAAUCCAAACUUUACUUUUGGUGGCAGUUACCAUGACUCAUAGACGCAGUGAGCUUGCAACUCUUUCCAUUGGUACAAUUCUCUUUGCUGAUUAAAUUCUUACUUAAUUAAGUUUUCCCCAGAAAACCUCCUCUUUUUGUCCACAAAGGGCAAGUCCCACUUCCACCUGAACAAAAACAUAGCAUUGCCUUACUUGGGUCCUAAGUCUCUCAUUUAUCUACCUUAGAUAUUUACAUGUCUCCAUUACUGUACUAUCUCAUUAUCUCACAAUCUUUAAUGUAUUUAUCCUCACAACAACCUUCUGAGGUAGGGAAGUAUUGUUAUCUGUAUUUACAGAUGGGUAACUGAGGCCCAGAGAGACUAAAGAUGCAGAUAGGAACCUAUCAGGAACGUGCUUAGGCACCUAACUUCCUUGAAAUCAAGGGAGUUAGGCACCUACAUAACUUUAAAAAUCUAAUCCUAACUGGUUUGUACAAGGCCCCACCGGAAGUCUGCAGCACAACAGGGACUUGAACCUAGCUUUCCUAAAUCCUAGGCUAAUGCCCUCACCACUGGGUUAUCUUUCCUCAUGUGAGUGCUAUUUGUUAUAUAGCUACUUUAUGGGUGCCUCAGAACAGAGUCAUAAUCAGAAACCUUGAAAGCCACCAGCUGGUCUUUGGUAUACUCCUUCAUCAGACAUUAUGAGGUAGGUUUUCCACCCCUCUGCUGAGGUAGCCUUGGUUGCAAGGUAAUGUAAGGACUUAUGGAGAAUCACCCUCAAACUCCGGUCUGACUGGUGGUUCCACUGAGAAGGAAAAAUUGCCUACUGCUUGCCUUUCCCCAGUGUCCAGAAUUCAGAUUGGUAGAUGCAGUCUGCCUGGGAAUGUGACAAGUUUUUUCUGUCUGUAAAUUGAUCUUCUCAAAGGCAUGAAUCCACCAGUGUACAUCCUUCCUUCCUAGAUUUCCUUUCUCUUGCCUCCUAGAUUUCUCCUGAAACUUCUUUUGGUGGCAAUUUUCUGUCCUAUGCAAAUCCAGCAGUAGAAUUCUACAGGGUUGUGUCAUGGGCUUCUCAGAGGAGUGUGGGCUAUUACAAUGUUUUGGCAUCUGUAUCAGUACUGUUGGUCCUAUAAUAAGACCAAUUUACAGGUAGGAUGAAAUUGUACCAUUAUUCCAACUGACAUUGGGAUAUAAACUUUAGCAUGAGAACACUGUAUAUCACGUUUUCUAAUUUACUAUAUUACGAGUGCUGGCUGUAAGUGUAUGGGUUUUCUAACAAUAUUUUUUUUAUCAGUUUUGGAAACAUAUGUUUAAAAAGUCUGAUGCUGGCACUGUCCAGGUGUAAUGUGUGUCUUCAUUUUUACUGGGAAAGACCCAUUCUAAGGCCCUGGUCAUACAAACACACACACGCCUAACUUCAAACUACAAUCACUUCAUUGAUUUCAAUGGAGGCUACUCACAGUAGUAAAGCAAAGCAGAUAUGUACAUAUUUUCAGUAUAGGGGCAUAAAUUAGUUCCAAUAGUGUCCUUAUUUCAGUGCCACAACUAAUCAUGUCCAUUGAACAUUUUGUUCCUGCAAGCAAGCAUGACAACUGAAGCUAUUUCCAUUAAAACCGCAUGUACAUAGCAAUUCACUGAAAUGUCAUAUAUUCAUUUCUUAAAAUUCUAAUUUAUUUAUUUAAAAAUGUAUUUACUUUGCUUGAGGAAACAAGCAAUUAUAAGUAAGAUUGACAAUUAUUACAGAAGCUACUUCUUCAAAAGAGUGUUAAAGGAACUGUUAAAGGAAAGGAAAGUGCUAAAGGAACUGGCGGCUGUGAUUGCAGAGCCAUUGGCCAUUAUCUUUGAAAACUCGUGGCGAACGGGGGAAGUCCCGGAUGACUGGAAAAAGGCUAAUGUAGUGCCAAUCUUUAAAAAAGGGAAGAAGGAGGAUCCUGGGAACUACAGGCCAGUCAGCCUCACUUCAGUCCCUGGAAAAAUCAUGGAGCAGGUCCUCAAAGAAUCAAUCCUGAAGCACUUACAUGAGAGGAAAGUGAUCAGGAACAGUCAGCAUGGAUUCACCAAGGGAAGGUCAUGCCAGACUAAUCUAAUUGCUUUCUAUGAUGAGAUUACUGGUUCUGAGGAUGAAGGGAAAGCAGUGGAUGUAUUGUUUCUUGACUUUAGCAAAGCUUUUGACAUGGUCUCCCACAGUAUUCUUGUCAGCAAGUUAAAGAAGUACGGGCUGGAUGAAUGCACUAUAAGGUGGGUAGAAAGUUGGCUAGAUUGUCUGGCUCAACGGGUAGUGAUCAAAGGCUCCAUGUCUAGUUGGCAGCCGGUGUCAAGUGGAGUGCCCCAGGGGUCGGUCCUGGGGCCGGUUUUGUUCAAUAUCUUCAUAAAUGAUCUGGAGGAUGGUGUGGAUUGCACUCUCAGCAAAUUUGCGGAUGAUACUAAACUGGGAGGAGUGGUAGAUACGCUGGAGUGCAGGGAUAGGAUACAGAAGGACCUAGACAAAUUGGAGGAUUGGGCCAAAAGAAAUCUGAUGAGGUUCAAUAAGGAUAAGUGCAGGGUCCUGCACUUACGACGGAAGAACCCAAUGCACAGCUACAGACUAGGGACCUAAUGGCUAGGCAGCAGUUCUGCGGAAAAGGACCUAGGGGUGACAGUGGACGAGAAGCUGGAAAUGAGUCAGCAGUGUGCCCUCGUUGCCAAGAAGGCCAAUGGCAUUUUGGGAUGUAUAAGUAGGGGCAUAGCGAGCAGAUCGAGGGACGUGAUCGUCCCCCUCUAUUCAACAUUGGUGAGGCCUCAUCUGGAGUACUGUGUCCAGUUUUGGGCCCCACACUACAAGAAGGAUGUGGAUAAAUUGGAAAGAGUCCAGUGAAGGGCAACAAAAAUGAUUAGGGGUCUGGAACACAUGACUUAUGAGGAGAGGCUGAGGGAACUGGGAUUGUUUAGUCUGCAGAAGAGAAGAAUGAGGGGGGAUUUGAUAGCUGCUUUCAACUACCUGAGAGGUGGUUCCAGAGAGGAUGGUUCUAGACUAUUCUCAGUGGUGGAAGAGGACGGGACAAGGAGUAAUGGUCUCAAGUUGCAGUGGGGGAGGUUUAGGUUGGAUAUUAGGAAAAACUUUUUCACUAGGAGGGUGGUGAAACGCUGGAAUGCAUUGCCUAGGGAGGUGGUGGAAUCUCCUUCCUUAGAAGUUUUUAAGGUCAGGCUUGACAAAGCCCUGUCUAGGAUGAUUUAAUUGGGGAUUGGUCCUGCUUUUGAGCAGGGGGUUGGACUAGAUGACCUCCUGAGGUCCCUUCCAACCCUGAUAUUCUAUGAUUCUAAAAGGACUCAUUUUUUCAGCCGUUCAUGUAUAUUUCAAUUCUGACAUUGAAAAGUACUGUUUUCCUACAGGUCUUCAGCAUCAGUACUCCUGUACCUGAAACAGCAUAAAUAGAAAUGUAUAUAAUAUAUUGAUGGCAUAUUAAGAAGUUACAGAAGUCAAAGGCUUUCUCUCUAGCCAGUGAAUGCCUGUGAUAAAGUGGUUGCCAUUUAAAAUCAGCAUGUGUCCACAUUUACUGUAACAUGAUACCUGCGAUACCACAGCUUCCCUACUAUUCAACUAGGAAUAGCUGUGUGGUAUCUGUUAUCAAACAGUGGCCUUUUUAUAGCAAUCACUCUAAUUUAUAACAGUGCAGUAUUGCAUUUUAGUGGUGUCUACAGAGGGCUAAUUACAACUGUGGCUUAAUGCUUUGAUCUUAACAGCUGAAUAUAGUGAUGUUUCCUGCGUUGCUAAUAAAGUCCCAGUCUGGCAAUAUUUUACUGAAGUAUGUUUUUAAAGUUGUCACAACCAGAUGCUAUUUGUUGGGAAGGGAAGAGGUGAUUUCGUGUAACAUCCUGUCUACUGGUUCACUGUGUCAGCCUUGCAUUCCAAAACAGAGAUUUUAUUUACAUGCAAAUAAAACCUGCACUCACACUUCAGAAACUGCUUGGAUAGUGCAGAAAGUUAGUGUUAAUCAUUAAAAAGGAAAUGGUUCAGAACAGGAAAAAAAGUACAUUGUGUGCUGCCAUCGGGGCUGAUUGUGAUAAAUAGGGAUGUAAGUAAAGAACUAAUUUCUGGAGCAUUAAGGUUAUCUCUAAGUACUAAAUUAGAUCAGUGCAGCUUAAUUUAGAAAUAAAAGGGCUUCUGCAGUAAAGUAGUGGGAAUAUCUGCCCAAUGGAAAAAUUCAACCGGACUAUAUUGAUUGGGAGAAACGUUUAGGAUCUAUUACAAACUAUUUCCUAAGUCCUUUGUGGAUAUCUGUACUGAAUAAGGUCUAUUGGAUGCUAGGUUUGAUUGCUAGAGGAGUGUCAUGUCUUAAAUGAAAGAUGGUCCUUUUAUUAUUGCUGUGAGGCAAUGAUGCCUCUUAGAAUACGAUUGUUGGUGUCCCUUCAGAAGGCCUGUCUCUGGAAAGAUUUCAGCACAAAACUUUCUGAAAAAUAUUUAAUCUCAAAGGUUUCAGUAAUGAAGACAGUUUUUCUAGAGAGACUUGUAAUUACAGAGUGGAUCAGCAGUCUGUGGAAUUCAUUACAGCAGCCCAUUACCAAGCAAAUUCUGUUACUGAAUUGUUAAAAGGAAGGUAUAAUUUUGUGACCGUAAACGUUUGUAGAUAUAGGGGUUGAGAUAUUGACAACUUUAAUUAACUACAGAGCAUAAGCUUAUCACCUGCUGGGCUCAGAUAAAAUCCACCCUUGCACCCACUUUAUGUACGGCACUGAACUGGCCAGGUUCGUUGUUUUUGUUUGUCUUCCCUAUCAUCUGAUAUUGUCCAAUAUUGGAGGCAGAACCGAAUAGGAUAUGCUAAUGUCUACAUACUCAUAAGUGUAGGAUACAUUGUGGACCAACUUUCAAACACAGAACCAGUGGUAGCAUGCAAAAACACAUGCAUGCAUGUUGCACAUAUAGAAACUCACCAAAUAUGCAGUAACUCUGUUGGUGUGCACCUUACACCUAUUUUUAAAAUGGUGGCCCUUGUGAAGUAACAGCUAAACAAAAGAAAAGGAGAACAUGAAGACAGGCAAGCACAGGGAAUGAAAAUGCAAAGAAACUCUUUACUUUUUCCAAGAUGUCUUUAUUUUCUUGAAGUAAAUCAAUGCUGUAAACGAGGCGAACGAAUCUUUAAUGAGUAAAAUAAAAAAUGUGUUUCCUUGUGUGUAA